AUGAUAUCUCAGCGGGACAAAGGAGAAUUGGCUCGUUUUUAUACUGUCACGGACCCCAAAAAGCACGGGAAAGGCUACACGGUUUACAAAGUGACUGCAAGGAUUAUCUCUAGGAGGAAUCCAGAGGAUGUCCAAGAGAUAACAGUUUGGAAACGAUAUAAUGAUUUUCGCAAGCUUCACCAAGAUCUGUGGCAGCUGCACAAGAAUGUUUGUACUCAGUCAGAGCUGUUUCCUCCAUUUGCCAAAGGAAAAGUGUUUGGUCGCUUUGAUGAUACAGUGAUCGAGGAGCGAAGACAAUGCUCAGAGGAUUUGCUGCAAUUUUCUGCUAACAUCCCUGCUCUCUACAACAGUCAGCACAUUCUAGAGUUCUUCAAGGGAGGAGAGGUCCACGAUAGCUCGGAGCUAAUCGGACCCGCAGAACCACUGUCUGACCUUCUAGGAGAUACUUUAUCAGACUGCAGCUCUGGUGUACAAAGAGACAUUAUUGGUGCAGAGGAUUUGACUCUCACAUCGGAUUAUGGAGGUCCAUCCAGUGACAGUGAUCAGACUUCCCUCGCUAUAGAAACUGAUUCUUUGGCUGAGAUUGACGAUGGCAUGGCCUCAGGCCGCACUUCUCCAAAUCUACCACAAGGGGGCGCCAUUCCUGUUAGUUGCAGCUAUAGUCCCCGCUUGCCCUCCUUGCAUGACCGGCGAAGCCCAUCUCCUGCCCCUGUUCCAGCAUCAUCUGCCCCUAACCAAGAGGCCACUUGGGCAUCCAAAGUGCAACUUUUCUCAGGAAAUUUGAAAGGAACAAAUAGUGGAAACUUUAAAGACGUGAAGUCAGAUUAUCUGGACAAAGCCACUGAGCUCAUCUCUCUGGCGGUGCAGAGGGAGAAAGAGCAGGAUUACCAGACUGCUUUCUCCUUUUAUCGAAGUGGAGUGGAUCUGCUCCUGCAGGGAGUCCAAGGUGAAUCAAGCGCCAACCGUCGUGAGGCAGUCAAGAGGAAGACUGCAGAGUAUCUGAUGCGAGCUGAACAAAUAUCCAGUCAGCAUCUGAAAAGCAACAUGGGUCAAGGAUCAACACAAACAGUGGCCAUGGCAGCUCAGUGCUGUCCAUCCACAAGCAGAGACAUUCCAUAUCCUCCGUCAGAAGAGCUGAGAGUCUAUCGAGUGUUGGGAGUUAUUGAUAAGGUUCUUUUGGUCAUGGACAAGCGAACGCAAGAGACGUUUAUUUUGAAAGGACUGAGAAGAAGCAGCGACUGUGAGAGGUAUAAACGGAUCAUCAUGCCUCACUCCAUACCUCACGUGGUGCAGCUCAAAACGUUUAUCGUUUCUGAAGACACCGUUUUUCUUUUACUGCAAUAUGCUGAAGGUGGUAAGCUCUGGUCUCAUAUCGAGAGAUACCUGCGCACGUCCAGCCCAGAGGAAAGUUUUGACAUUCCUUUCAUCCAAAAAAGCCACAUAACAGCCGUGCACUCUCCGCAGCACGUCUCGGGCCCGGCAGGAGAGGCCAGCUCAGACUCUGGGACUAUAGCAGGACUGCCCAAAGAGGGAGAGACUAUGUUUACGUGCCCUCUUAAAAGUGCACUCCCACCACAAGCCCAGGAGCUAAUAGGAGCCCAGUCAGAUUCUGCAGCAACUUCUGAAGACAAGAGCUCGAAGUCUGCGUGUGAGGACGAGGUCAACAACAGUUAUUUGGCGCUCUGCAUCGAGUAUGAACAGGAGAGGAUCGAGAUAGAGGCCCUAAUCGAGGGGGAGGACAGAAGUGAGCAGGAGAUACUAUCACUGGAGUUGCCUAAUGCCACCACCUCCUCGCACAGCCGCUCACUGCUCAGUAAUGACAGCCUGUCUUCACCCAUCAGCUCUCAGGAACUGGGCUUCUUCACAGAGUCGUCUGACAGAAGUGGCCUGACGCAGGACACUGAGGGGCAGGACCACAGCGACGUGUUCAGUCCUCUGCCCUCUCCGGCGGUGCCUUUGUCUUUGGACCAGUCCAAGCACACGCCCAUGGAGUUCUUCCGCAUUGAUAGCAAAGACAGUGGCAAUGAGGUGCCCUGUGUGGACAAACAGCUGGGUCUGUUCUCCACCUCGGACCUGGGAUCUGAGGCCAAUGAGGACAUUCCAGAGCUGGCUCAGGAGGUGCAGCCUCGUUCCGAGCGCUGGGUCCUAGGGGAGGGUGACAAAGACUCCAAUGAGUCCAUCCCAGUAAUUUCCUUUAAAGAAGCUAUAGUGCAGGAUGAGGGCCAGCCUCCGGACCUGCUGGUGAACCUGCCUGUAGUGACAGGAGCUGUAGACAUUUCACGCGAGGAGGUUUUCUCUGGUUUUUGUCUGGGUCUAGAGGCCUCUGUUUCUCCUCAAAAGUCCAUUCAGCCUGAUGUUUUGCAGCGCCACAGCCAAACUGAGGAGGAGGAGGAGGAGGAGGAGCUUUUAUCAUUUGGCACAGCUUCUGCCACUGGAGAAAGUGCUACAUCCACGUCCGCCUUCUUGUCUUUAUGGGACAACGUCAACUUGGCGUAUGGAGAAGAAGCCUCUGAGAAAAUGGGCAACACCGAACAAAUUGACCCUUUCAAAGAAACAUUGGAGCCUUCUUCUUUGAACCAUGACAGUCCUGAUCUUUGUGCUAGUGUGAGCUCCAUGCCCCCCAGGACUGAGCCUGAGGUGUCAGAGGCCACAGAGAGUGAGCUGGGGCCUCUCUGUGCCCAGGAGACUGGAGUUGGCGAGUUUGAUCAGCAUGUAUCCCGACUUUUUGCUGAACUCGAGGAGUUGUCUGUGGCAGCAUCUAAAGCUCUCAUCCCAGAGGACUUUGUGAGGCGCUGGGCCUCAGAACUGGUCACAGCCCUGGACUCUCUGCACCAGGAGGGAAUCCUCUGUAGAGACCUCAACCCAAACAACAUCCUGCUUGACCAUCAAGGUCACAUUCAGCUCACAUACUUCUGCAGCUGGACUGAUGUGGAAGAGUCAUGUGACAAAGAGGCCAUGGCCAACAUGUACUGUGCACCAGAGGUCGGCGGCAUCAGCGAGGAGACGGUGGCCUGUGAUUGGUGGAGCUUGGGUGCCAUUCUGUUUGAACUUCUAACAGGAAUGUCUCUGCUGAGGUGCCAUCCCGCGGGCAUCGGGCGCCACACAGCGCUCAACAUCCCGGAGUUUGUGUCAGAGGAGGCGAGAUCACUGCUGGAACAGCUGCUUCAGUACAACCCCAUCGAGAGACUGGGAGCCGGAGCAGGAGGAGUUGACGAUAUCAAGUCCCAUCCCUUCUUUUCCAAAGUGGACUGGACAACAUCUUAUGCAGCUACAUAG